ACAGCGAUUUGUGAAAUUACUCUCUCUCUCUCUCUCAGAAUUCUGAAAUAGCCAGGCCGAGGCUAUCUAAUCUAAGAAUACCCCAAAAAUAUAGCCUCUGUAAUUCUUCCAUGAUUGGGUGGUAAUGGCCUAUAUAUAGGAACAAGAAUGUGUGUGUGUGUGUUUGUAUGUGUGGUGCCAUCUUCUGUAUAAGCACAGUUUCCUUGUUCGUUUUGCUUUUCCCGGAAAGUUGAUUCCUUUUUAUCAGAACCCAUGGUUUUCCAUUGAGAAAAAGAAAAGGAUCAUCUUGUGGACACGAAAUUUUUCUGGGUUGCUAACCGAUUUGUUCCGAUCGCGUGAUUUCUACGUGUUCUCAGAGGUUUCUAGUUUCCCUACGACAUUCCCAUCGUUUUUUUCCUGGAUUUUCUCUCUCGUGGGUUGCGCAAUAGUGGGGAGUACCGUGGAAUUUCUCGACGAUUACAUGUCAUUUUCCGGGAGAAUAAAUAUACGCGAUGAUUUUGGGGGGUUUUUCGCUUCUUGAUUUGCUUUGACUCGUCGCGACUCGUUUGCGUUGUUGUGCUUUGAGUUUUCGUCAAGGUUGUGGAAAGAAGAUUGAGUUUCCCUGUUUCUGGCUUUCUUGAGAAAAUAUCGCCGGAAUCCUCGUUUUUCCGGUGAAGGCUUUGAAUUGACGCCAUUCCAGCCCUGUUUCUCUGAUUUUUAGACAGAUAAGGAAAGUUCUAGAGAGAGAAAUCAAACUUCCUUUCAUCUUUCGUGAAAUAUCCGUUCACGGUCAAAAGAAUAGAGCUCUCUCUCUCUCUCUUCCUCUUCCAAGAGGCAAAGGAAAUUCCCACACUUUCUUUCCCUGCUCUUCCCCUGUUUUUCCUUCCAUUUCAGGGUUUUGAGAGAGAACUGGUAAAUUCCAUCUCUCUCUCAGAUAUGAUUCUGGACAAAGGCUCAAUCCAAUCAAACCUCGAGCGCUUCCUCGAUUGCACAACACCAGUGGUCCAGUCCCAGUUUCUAUCCAAGAGUGAGAUCAGAAACCUCAAUAGGCUUUGGCACCCUUGGGAAAGGGAAAGAGUUGAAUAUUUUACUUUGGCUGAUCUUUGGAAUUCUUACGAUGAAUGGAGCGCUUAUGGCGCUGGAGUCCCAAUUUCUUUGGACAAUGACGAAACCCUUGUCCAGUACUAUGUUCCUUAUCUCUCUGCCAUCCAAAUCUUCACCAGCAAUUCGUCCUUGAACGGUCUGAGGGAAGAUGCUGAUUCAGUUUCUGAGACUAGGGAUUCGUUUAGCGAUUCCUUCAGCGACGAGAGUGAAAGUGAGAAGCAAUCGAGAUGGGAUGGAUGUUCAUCGGAGGAUGGAGGGUGCGAUCAGGAGAGUCUCUGGCACCUGAAUGAUAGACUGGGUUACCUCUAUUUUCAAUAUUUCGAGCGAUCCACUCCCUAUGGAAGAGUUCCUCUCAUGGAUAAGAUCAGCGGAUUGGCUCAAAGAUAUCCUGGAUUGAUGUCGCUAAGAAGUGUGGAUCUUUCCCCGGCUAGUUGGAUAGCAGUUGCUUGGUACCCGAUUUACCACAUUCCAAUGGGGAGGACCAUAAAGGACCUGUCGACAUGCUUCCUCACGUACCACACCCUUUCAUCUUCUUUUCAAGAUAUGGACCUGGAAGAUGACACGGGGGCUGCCGAAAGGAAGAGAAAGGAGGGGGAAGGGAUCUUGCUUCCUCCAUUUGGCUUGGCCACAUACAAGAUGCAAGGAAAUGUGUGGGUCUCGGGCAAAGGCGGGAAGGACCAGGAGAGGCUGGUGUCGCUUUUGAGCGUGGCCGAUUCCUGGCUAAAGCAGCUUAGGGUCCAGCACCAUGACUUCAACUACUUCACCGGGAUUACUUCACCGGGAUUCGUCGUGGCUGAGAAACCACACAAGCAUCAUGAUCACUCCAACCCCACCCGAAUUCGGCUUUAACCUCUAGAAUCCCCCUCUGUUUUUGGCCUUUGGUUUUGUGUUACUAAAUUUGGAGGAGUGGCCUUAAAAAAUUUCAAGUUUGAGCAUAGCAAACUGACUUACAUACACAGCCCAAACUGUCUGUGGGAUUUGGUUUUAUCACAAGGCUUGUUUGAAUCAUCAGAGUGGAGACUCUUUCCUGACUCAGACUCUCUGAGCUGUUAAUGGCCAUUGCAAGAGUUUCUGUUUUUUGUGUAGAAAUGAGACUUGUGGAUUGUUAGAUUAGUUAGAAGCGGAUGAAUGGAGAGGAAAAAGCCCCCGAGGCUCUGAAACUGUGAUUUCUCGUCAGUGGUGUAUUUCAUUUCUGAUCACUCUAUGGUAUCCUUUUGUACAUUACUGCA